AUGGGUUUGGCCAUCGAUUAUUCGCUCCUGAUGCCCCUUUUGCUGAGCUCGUUCUUCACAAUAAUCUUCCACCGGCGCCGAAUCGAGUUGCGGGGAGGCGGACCCCGACGCGGAGCGGGACUCAUCCAACUAUUUGAGUACCUCCUGCUCAUAAGCCCAUUCUUGGUCCUAUUCCUCCCACUCGUGGAACAGAGUUCAACGCGGGUGUUGCGCGGUCAAGGUCCCGCGGAACAGACAUCAGGAUAUCCGGUCGAUGACGCCCGAAUCCCGAGAGCAGGCAUGAAACCUCCCUCUCGAGCGGAAGGGAAGUCUACAGGGGCUCCAUCCGCACCUUUCGUAAUCGAAAAAAACAAGCACGUUUACAAAAGAUCCGAGAUAUCCGAUUUGAGGAAACGAAUUCCCACGUUCAAGGCUCGAUUCAAAGGCGAAGAUUUGGGAGAGAUGGAGUUGAUUGAUCUGUUUCUCCAUAGAAAAAGAAAUCGUGGCCAAUGCAACGUUCUCGACAAUUAUGGGAAGCAGGUUCCGGCGGCGGCACUCAUUACGAAUCUCAACCGUCUCAGGGACACGGAGUUCACGAUGCCGAAGAAUUUCCAGGUUAUAACGGAGUACGGUCUGGAGACGAUGACGCUGAGAGAGCUCAACGAGUUCUGCAAAACGAAGGAGCUAUAUGUGUACUCACCGGAAUCGGGCGAGUACGAAAUAAUGACCGCUGCUCGCGCUAGACAUUUACAAGAAAAGCAUCCGAUGGUCAGAUGGGAGAAGAGAUGGUUCCUCGCCUCGUCGAGACUGCUCGACAGGAUUCAAAAAAGCCUCAAUCGUCAAGGUGACGACCACGCGUACUACGACGGAAAGAUACAAAGUCCGAAAGGCUUGAACUUGGUCUACACACAUAUCGGUGGAACCUGCAUCGGCGGGAAACUUCCAACCGACAGCCCUUGCCAUCCGGACACGAAGAAAUUCAAAGAGGAUUGGUCGAUUUACGCGGUGUUGAACAAAGGAAAAUUUUUGCGCGAAAAUCCACCGGAAGUUGUGAACAACAAGAUUAAAAUCCAGAAACUCAUGAUGCAAGAGUUCAAGAAUGAAGAGUUGAAGAAGCUGACAAACGCCCUUCGACCGCUCACGGUCAGAAUGUCCAAAGAUGAAAUAGCCGAACCCUUGUUCGCCGCGUACAUGGUGUACGCCAAAGAAUUCGAGACCAAGCCUAAAAUAUUCCGCUAUCUGGGAACUAUGAAAGUCCUACACGAAAUUGCCGACCUCCCUGAGAGAAUGAAGUCAACUGGACCCCGAGCGAGUAAUGAGGACACGAUUCCGAGAACAAAGUUCGUUGAGGCUAUCAAGAAAUUCCAUAACGCUGAUCCUCAGCUCUAUUGCCGCGAGCAUCCUGAGGAUGGGCCUGAUGUCUUGUUCGCCAUUGGUCUCUGCUUCGACAAGCAUGAGAAACCAGAAGAUUGCCAGAGCAGCCAGGAAGCGGAUAAGUCUGGAUCUGAGACACUUCGAGGUGGCCAAUUAGAGCGGAGGCCUCUGCGGGUUAUCGAAUUCAAGAGCUUACUGCCGUCAUCUGAAAGAAAGGCCAUCCAGUAUCGAUUCGAUAGCGGUUCACCGGCCGUAAGUUCCGUUCGAGCGCCCGUUCAGGAUACGGGUGAGGAGACCGGGUCCGAUGGACUCGUGUUGACUCGGCUGGGGAAGGACCUUUCCAGAGCCCGAAUACCACGGCUCAGGGAGCUCAUCAAGCGUUACAAAUGCAAGCAGGCUGGCAAAGAUCUGGAGGAAAUGGAGCUUGUGGAGCUCCUCCUACAUCGGAAAAAAACAAAAAUUGCUUGCGAUGUGCUUAUCGAUCGAGGGCAGGAAGUACCAGCGGCUUCGAUCGUUCCCACCCUGAAUAGUCUCGCCCUGACGGAUUUCAAGAUGCCGGAUCACUUCGAAGUCAAAACCGCUCAGGGUAGAAAAAACAUGACGCUAGAAGAGCUGAACGCGUUUUGCGAGAUGAAUGAAAUCUUCGAGUACUGUCCGGAAGCAGGCGGUAACCUGAUGAUCACUCCAAGCGUGGCUAAGCGUUACCAGGAGCAGAAUCCCAUGGUGAAGUGGAAGAAGAAAUGGUAUAUAGCAUCUCAAAGACUCCUCGACAUUCUCGAGCAGAAACUCCGACUUCGCGGCGGCGAGGAGAUAGAUACAGUCAGUUUCUUUCUCGGGCUGAUGCUCCAUCAGCGACGACUUCGUGGCGGUGGAGAUCAGCAGGGGAAACUGCAGAAUCUGCUGGAAUUCGUUCUGCUCAUAUGCCCGCUGCUGUUCCUCUUCAACCCGCCGGAGAAUCAUAGUGUGAUCGAAACGCUGCGCGGGGGUGAGAGAGAUACUCUUCCAAGGAAGGCGAGUGUGCCCGGUGAAGAGCCUAUAGUCAAACCGCGGAGUACGCCCCUGGCUUCGGGCCAGGCUCCUGGAGACUCCGGAACUCAUGGCCCCGGGGAUCCUGGGGGUCAUGGUGGAGACGAUGGAGAUGGGGCCAUCCUAGAUAAUCCCGAUAAUCACGUCGUCACCAGAUUGAGGGGACUGUAUAAGAAGUCCAGCGUCCCCGAAGUCAGAAAGGCGAUCCAGCGUUUCAAGGUCAAGCUCAAAGGCGAGGUGAUGGAGGGCUUGGAGCUAAUAGAACUAUUCGCUUUACGUAAAAGAACCAAACGUAGGAUGAAUGUCAUCGACGACAAUGGAGAUCAGAUCCCGAUCGCCGCAUACGUGAAUGUUCUCAAUCGACUGGCGAAAUCAAACAAGAGCAUGCCGAAAGAUUUCGUGCUCGUCACCGAUAACGGUAGAAAAAGGGUCACCUUAGAGGAGCUCAAUAGACUCUGCGAUCAGUAUGAGAUUUUCGUUCACAACCCUGCCUCGAAUGAAUACGUUCUCAUGACGAAAUCUCGAGCACGCUUCUUGGAAAGUGACCACAUUCAUGUAAGAUGGAACAAAAAGUGGUACAUCGCCUCAACGAAAAUCCUAGACGUCCUGGAGAGAAAACUGAAAGAGAGAGCCGCCGAGCAGGCUUCGGCCGAUUAUACGGGAAAAAUCGCGAUGCCGGAUGGCUUCACAAUCGUCUACGGGAAUGUCGGCGGAAUUUGCCACAAGGGAAGGGACCCAAUCGGAAGAUAUUGCAGCGAGAAAGUGAAUGCGUAUGGGCCAGACUGGUUCCUUUAUGCUCUACUGGACAAACGGGGAAGAUUGUCCAUGAUUCCCCAGAGCGUCAACGAGGACAAGGAGGGACAACAUAAACUCUGGACUCAACUUGUGAAGAGCAGAGAACUGAGGAAAGUAAGGGAAAAACUACGAUCGCGAACCGUCAGAUUCUCUGCGUCGGAUAUUGAUCCGCUCUUUGCGGCAUUCAUGACUUUCGGUCCAGGCUUCAAGUCGAGACCCGACUUUCUUCGGUAUCUCGGCAGCUUGCAAAUCAUCGAUCGCAAUUCUGGUUUCAUUGAGAAAAUUCAAAGCAGUUCACUCAAGCCGAGCUCUAAGCCAAUCUCGAAAAGAAAGCUUAUCGAAGCGCUGAAAGAGAUCAAUCAUGGCAGACGACCCGAGCUCUAUUGUCGAGAGUCCGAAGAUACGGAAGGUGACGUCGACGGAGGUACUCUGAAGGGCGGCGCAUUCGGUGGCUCAAUCGGAGCUUCAUACGGAGCUUCGAUUGAGGCCUCCAUCGCCGACUCGGAGGAAGAUCUGGUGGGUGUACCAGUCAUAGAUCCGAUGGGGGGCUCGGAAGCUGGCGACUCCGAUGAGAAACCAUCAAUCCUUUUCGCUGUCGGCCUCUGCUUCAAUAAGCAUGAGAAGCCUGUGAACUGCCUGAGGGGGUAA